UUUUUAACUCAUCCUAAAACUAGGGUUUCUUCACAAAUAUGAACUCAUCAGGAAGCGAAAACAUGGAGAAGGAAACUCAACGCGGAAAUCAAAGCUCGAACAGACCCGAUGCUUCUUCUCCUCCCCCACCGUCUUCUCCUUCCUCUUCCAUUAAGAGCACAUGUGCGAUUUGCUUGGAUGAGAUUAAAAAGGACGACGGGAAGGCUCUAUUUACUGCAGAGUGCUCUCACACGUUUCAUUUUGAUUGUAUAACCACAAACGUGAAACACGGAAACAGGAUUUGCCCUUUAUGCAGAGUUCAAUGGACACAGGUCCCUUUGUUUCAAGGUUACCACCCUGUCCCUCGCUUUCCGGCGGCUCAAGUGGGUUUUGAAGAUGAUGAGGCUUUACCUCAGGGAGAGACACAAAUCCAGAGUGCUUCUCAACGUUCAGAUCAUCCAGCCGUAGAGAUUAAACUCUUCCCUGAAGUCUCUGCACUGGCCAAACCGGUCAGUCGUGGCGAUUUUGCUGCUCUGGUUCAUCUUAAGGCUGAGGGUGUGAGCGAUGAUGAAAGGCGCACUCGUGCUCCCUUGGACCUCAUUGCGGUUCUUGAUGUGAGUGGUAGCAUGAACGGAGUAAAGUUACAGCUUAUGAAAACGGCAAUGGGUUUUGUGAUUCAGAAUCUUGGUGAGACUGAUAGGCUCUCUGUAAUUUCCUUCUCCUCCAUGGCUCGUCGACUAUUCCCUCUUAGACUGAUGUCUGAUACGGGGAAGCAAGCGGCGAUGCAAGCUGUUAACUCCUUGGCUGCUACAGGCGGGACAAACAUUGCAGAGGGGCUCAAGAUUGGUGCAAGAGUCAUUGAGGGUAGGCGGUGGAAGAACCCUGUUUCUGGAAUGAUUCUUUUGUCCGACGGACAGGACAAUCAUACUCUUUCUCAUUCCAGGCGCCAUCUGAGAGUGAGAGCUGAUUACGAGUCUUUGCUUCCGAGUUCUUGCCGGAUCCCAAUUCAUACCUUUGGAUUUGGCUCAGAUCACGAUGCUCAGCUAAUGCACACAAUUUCAGCAGUCUCUAGAGGCACGUUUUCGUUCAUCGAAGCAGAGGAUGUGAUUCAGGAUGCUUUUGCGCAGUGUAUCGGAGGGCUUCUCAGCGUAGUGAUUCUUGAACAAGCUGUUGAAAUCGAAUGCGUUCACGAGCAGGGCCUGAAAAUAUCAUCUAUAAAAGCAGGAAGCUACAGGAGCCGCAUUGCAUCAGAUGGGAGAAGCGCCACGAUCGAUGUUGGAGACAUGUACGCAGAAGAACAAAGGGACUUCGUGGUGAUUCUUGGAAUCCCCUGCUGCGACAAUGCAUCAUCUGAAUCCGAAUCUAUGUCGUUGCUGAAGGUCAGAUGCGUCUACAAAGAUCCUGUUACGGAAGGGAUAGUCCGCGUGGAAGCUGGAGAACUAAGCAUCCAAAGGCCAAUGGAGCUAAAUAAAAAUUUUUUUUUAUUUUUUUUUUUCAUUCUUUUUCUUAAAUCACCUGAGAAAAAUAAAGACAAAAAAACAAUCAAAUCUUUCUUCUUCUUCUUCCCCUCAGUGUUUUUUUAUUCACUAAACUGAAUCUCUCUCACAACGUAAUCAGA